AUGCUGGAUCCACUAUCGAAUCACAUCAAGGAAUCCGAGCUUCACGCACUGUAUAUUCUCUGGCAGCAACACCUCACGCUUCUCUCUCUUUGGAACGGUACGUUGGAGUUCACAAUUGUAAACCUUCCAAAGCGAGCUGAGAAGAUUGGAUCAAUAGGGAAAUCACAAAGCCACAACCGACAUUUAGUGAAGAUUCAAUCUUCAGUUAUCCGGGCAAUCAUUAAAAAAAGUCUCAGUUUCGUUGUCAAAGGACUCAACACACAACACCAAAAUUUUAAACUGUCUCGUGCUUGGAUAUUAGAGGGUAGAGUCACAACCAGAAUCAGUGAAGACGGAUCCAUACAAUUAUAUGCUCAGCCACAUGCACAAAGACGGGUAAUGAGUUAUGGUGUCAUUAAAGAUAUAAGAGAAAGAGACACAACAGCUUGGAUGCUUUCUGCUUUCUGGUUAGAAACUGUGAGUAUGUGCAGGUAG